CACUUUCUCUAUAUAAUGAGCCAUUCUCUUUAAUUCAGUCCCUCACCAUGGGAAGCAUGAAGGUGCAUCAGUUGGCACGUGGAUUUUGGGAGCAUGAACCCUCUCUCACGCUUGGUUGCAAGCGUCUUCGCCCUCUUGCUCCUAAACUCUCCAACGAUACUACUACUACUACUGUCACCUCUUUCGACCUCAAGAGCUUCAUUAGACCAGAAAGUGGUCCAAGAAAGCUUGGUUCCUCUGACGACAAGAAAGAUUCACCUCAGCCUCAGCAGGUGGAGACGCAUCCAGGAGGGACACGUUGGAACCCGACCCAAGAACAGAUAGGUAUACUAGAGAUGCUUUAUAGAGGAGGAAUGAGAACUCCUAAUGCCCAACAAAUAGAACAAAUCACUGCACAGUUAGGAAGAUAUGGAAAAAUUGAAGGGAAGAAUGUUUUUUACUGGUUCCAAAAUCACAAAGCCCGCGAAAGGCAAAAGCAGAAGCGCAAUAGCCUUGGUUUAAGCCAUAGUCCGAGAACCCCCAGCCCUAUUACCACUUCUAUAUCUUUGGAAACUAGGGGAGAAGUUGAGAGAGAGAAAGACAGUCCAUACAAGAGAAAGUGCAGAAGCUGGGGAUUUGAGAGCUUGGAAUUAGAAGAAAGCAGGUCAACAUGUAGAGAGGAAGGAGCAGAUAGAACUCUGGAGCUUUUCCCAUUGCAUCCAGAAGGCAGAUGAUUUUCAAAUUAACUUUUUGUAAUUUUUAUUUGAAAUUUUAUCAAUUGUGAUGAUGAUCUGCUUGAUGUGCUUUUCUUUCUUUAUUUCUUGUUUCGUUUCGAGGAUGAAGAAAGAAAAGUUGGUCUCUUUGUACUCUAUUUCUGACCUGGAACCAAUAGCUCUUUGUCACUCUUUCUUGUUCCAUCUUCCCCUCCUCCCUUUGACUAUCAGAGAAACUCGUUAAGACAAAGCUUUUAGGUUAAAUUAAAAAGAAAGUGUAGCCUCCGGACACUGAAGUCCACGCACCUUCUUGUUGUUGUAAUCUUAAGCCUAGUCUUUCAUAUUUUAAGUUUGAAAUGGGAAAAGGGUCGUUGUCUUCUUCCAUCAA